CUGUUUCAGCGCGGGGAUGAUGACGAUACUUUGUCGUGGAGGUGACGUCCCCCGGAGCGUGCGACGACCCGUAGGAGGAGCCAAGUGAGCACAACAACAGCCAAGAUUCUACUACGCGAGGAAAGAGGGCGGGGAGCAACAGUCGUCGCGACGGGGCCUCUCGAGCUCAGUAGGACCAGACCGAGGCAACAAGGGAGGGGAAAGAAAAAGAGAGACCCUCAUGGUUGGUGUACCUCAGUAAGGUCCGCCCCUUUUCUCCCUCCAAUGAGAGGGGGUUGCGCUGAGAAGAUGGCGGAUGCUGCUUGAGGCUCCGGUCGGGGCGGCGAGGCGUGAUGGAACCGGUCCUUAUUACCUCUGUGGAAGUUCCCUCAAGGAUCUUAGGAUUUGUCGCUUUCCUGGACAGCCUUGAAUAAGAAUUGUGGAGAGGAGAGUCUGGUGGACCGACGGAGGCCCAGCCACCCCCAACAGUCCCCCUUCUUUUCUUCCUCCCCCCAAUAGCCAGUCUUUCCUUCCCCAUCACUUUUCUUACCUCUUCAGCGCAAGCAGCCCCGACGACACCGCUUUCUUCACGCCCCAUUUAAUAACAUCUGCCCUAGCCGAGCCUCCUGCCAUCCCUUCUCCCGUUCUCUUGACAGCUUCAUCAGAGCCUUAAAUCCGUUGUUCUUUUCUUAUCUCCAUUCCGACCCACAUCGCCGUUCCCUUACCUUUCUCGCAAAUCCCAUCUCUUCGGGGGGCUCGAUCUGUCAUCGUCCACCCCCACACCUCAAUCCCUGUGUCGGGAUUCCAGCCUUUUUCUUAUAGACUCGCACAUCACUCCUUGCCAUCAUGCCUUGGCCCUUCUCAGAGUCCAUCAAGAAGAGGGCUUGCAGGUACCUGCUACAGAGGUACCUGGGCCAUUUCCUUCAGGAGAAGCUCAGCUUGGAACAGCUUACCCUAGAUCUUUAUCAAGGCACUGGCUCCUUGGCACAGGUGCCCCUAGAUAAAUGGAGUCUUAAUGAGAUUUUAGAGUCAGCAGAUGCUCCCCUGGAAGUCACUGAAGGAUUUAUUCAGUCAAUUUCUCUAUCCGUUCCCUGGGGUUCUUUACUUCAAGAUAACUGUGCACUGGAAGUGAAGGGCUUAGAGAUGGUCUUCAAGCCAAGACCCCGACUAACUUCUGGUUCAGAACCUAUGUAUUGGUCAAGCUUUAUGACUAGUAGUAUGCAACUUGCAAAAGAAUGCCUUAGCCAGAAACUGACAGAUGAACAAGGAGAAGGGUCCCAGCCAUUUGAAGGGCUUGAAAAGUUUGCUGAAACAAUUGAAACAGUUUUAAGAAGAGUGAAAGUCACUUUUUUAGACACUGUCCUGAGAAUUGAACAUGUGCCAGAUAACUCUAAAAGUGGAACAGCACUUGAAAUCCACAUUGAGAAAACGUUGUACUAUGAUGAAACUGCUGAUGAAUCCUCUGGAAUUAAUGUGCAUCAGCCCACAGCUUUUGCUCACAAAUUGUUACACCUCUCAGGUGUUUCUUUCUUUUGGGAUGAAUUUCCAGCAUCUGAAAAAUCCUCUCCAGUUUGUUCAGCUACACCGUUGGCAACAGAACAAAAGCUCUCACCUAGCUGGAACCCCAAAAUUGUAUAUGAGCCACACCCGCAAUUAGCAAGAAACUUGCCAGAGGUUUCUCCUUCUGACCCUGUGCAAAUAUGUAAACUGAUUGGAAGGAUGGAACUGAGCCUUACAUUAAAGCAAAAUGAAGUGCUUCCAGGAGCAAAGUUGGAUAUAGAUGGACAGAUAGAUUCCAUGCAUCUAUUCCUGUCCCCCAGACAGGUACAUCUUCUGUUAGAUAUGUUAGCAGCUAUUGCUGGACCAGAGAAUCCUAACAGAAUAGAAUUGGGUAGUAAAGAUAAGAAAAACCGGCCAAUGCAGCAGGAAGAUGAAUAUCGGAUUCAGAUGGAGCUCAACCGUUACUUAAGAAAAGAAACUUUGCCAGCAGGAGCACAGUCUGAUCCAAGUUUUUACGAGGCUGAUGCAGCCAGAACUCCUUCAAGCCGUGAAGAAGAAGUUUUUUUCUCAAUGGCUGACAUGGAGAUGUCUCACAGUCUUUCUUCUCUGCCGCCUCUUGGAGACCCACCGACUAUGGAUUUAGACCUUUCUUUAACUAGUACAUACACUACAACUCCGGCAGGAUCUCCACAUGGUGUUGCAAUGCAGCAACCAGCCUGGGGAGAUUGUUUUGAUCAAAACAAGCAGGAACUACCACACAUAAGAAGUUCAUCCUUUACGCCCAGCGUAGUCCAGCCAGCUCCGUUGCGGAGGCCUUCUCUUCCAUCUAGAUCUGUCUCAGUGGAUGAAUCUAGGCCUGAACUUCUUUUUCGAUUAGUAGUGGGUGCUUUCUCGGUGUCGGUGCUUCAUAUUGAUCCUUUACCACCACCUGAAACAUCGCUGAACAUUAGUCCACUGACACCAAUGGCACAGGAUUUUUUUACCCGAAUAGAAAAGGUUGAUCCAGUUAAGUUUCCAACAGAAGAUUUUCUAUCCCUCCGAGAAGUAUUUGCAAAGGCUUGUUCACAUGACCACCUUAGAUUUAUAGGCACAGGCAUCAAAGUGUCCUAUGAACAAAGACAGAGAUCGGCCUCCCGUUGUUUGAGUACUGAUUUAUCUAUUAGACAGAUGGAACUUCUAGAAUGCCUCUUUUCUAUGGACUCUCAUUCUGAAAUACCUCAUUAUACAGAGCUGCUGAUGUUUAACUCUGAAAAACAAGGAAACAAAGCACACCCUCUCUCCUGCCUUCAGCUCCAUUACAAGCACUCGGAUAACAGAGGCCCUCAGGGUAGCCAAGGGAGAUUGAGCUCUGUUCCCCAGAAAGCAGAUUUACAAAUCAAGCUGAGUCCAGCAUCCUGUGAAUUGGAUAUCAGCAUUGUGGACAGACUGAAUUCGUUGCUUCAGCCACAAAAGUUAACAACGGUGGAGAUGAUGGCAUCACACAUGUACACCUCAUACAACAAACACAUUAGCCUGCACAAGGCAUUUGCUGAAGUUUUCCUGGAUGAUUCACGUACUCCUGCAAAUUGCAAAGUAUCGGUACAAGUGACUGCUCCUGCUUUGAAGCUUUCAGUUCGCUUCCCAAUACCUGACCUACGAUCAGAUCCAGAACGAGGACCUUGGUUUAAGAAAUCCCUUCAGAAAGAAAUUCUUCAAUUAGAAUUUGCAGAUGUGGAACUUAAAACAGAAUGUACAGGAGGGCCCACUCCAGAACAAGUUAAAUUAGAGCUGACUUUUAAAGAGUUAACUGGGUCAUUUGAAGAAAGCAAAGAAGAAUCCGCUGUACAAUUUUUCCAAGUUUCCAGUGGUGUAGUUGGAGAGAUGAUCUCAUCAGAUAACUUUGACUGGCCACGGAUUGUACUUAAAAUAAACCCACUUGCUGUACACUCCAUUCUGGAAAGGAUAGCUCCUGAGGAUGAAGAGGAAGUUGAUGGUCAUUUUCAAGAGGAAGAAGAAGGAGGGUCUCAUUCCUUGAAGGACGUGUGUGAUCUUAGAAGACCAAAGCCAUCUCCCUUUUCCUCUCGUAGGGUCAUGUUUGAGAAUGAAGAAAUGGUGAUGCCAGGCGAUGCAAUGGAGAUGACUGAGUUUCAGGAUAAAGCAAUCGGCAACUCUCAUUAUGUACUGGAACUCAUGUUACCAAAUGUGUAUUUAACAUUACCAAACAAGAACUUUUAUGAGAAGCUUUACAAUAGGAUCAGUAAUGAUUUAUUAUUGUGGGAACCCACAGCGCCAUCUCCUGUAGAAACAUUUGAAAAUAUUUCUUACGGUGUUGGGCUUUCAGUGGCCAGCCAGCUAAUCAACACAUUUAGUAAAGACAGUUUUAAUCAAUUCAGAUCUACGAUUCACUAUGAUGAUGAGAGUGGGUCUGAGGAGGAAACGCUACAGUAUUUUUCUACAGUUGAUCCAAACUACUGUUCGCGGAGAAAGAAAAAAACUGAAUCCCAAAACAGGAAUGCACAGAGUUUUCUCUCGGUUCUUUUGAAUGUUAACCAUGGAUUAGUGUCAAUAUUCACUGAUGUCAAGCAGGACGAUGGGAGUGUAUUUGAAGAGAAACAUGGAGAAUUUUGGUUUGAGUUCUGUAAUGGGUCACUGUUCUUUGUGACAAAAUAUGAAGGCUUUGAAGACCAGCAUUACAUCUGUCUCCAUUCUGGUAGCCUCAGCUUGUAUCAUCAAGGUGUAGUGGAUGGGGUUGUCUGUCCAUCUGAAAUAAGGCUGCCAAGUGCAACAGCUCCUCAUUGGUUAGAACCUACUAUAUAUUUUUCGGAAGAAGACGGUCUCAGUAGGGCAUCUUCAGAUGGAGUAGGAGUGGACUGCUUAAGCAUGUUGUCUGUUGCAGUGAAGAUACAGUCAAAUAAGUUGGAGACCAACACAAAGGAAUUUUUAGUUGCUGUUGGAUUAAGAGGCACCACUCUUCAGCAUAGAGUACUUCCUUCGGGUUUAAGCUGGCAUGAACAGAUUUUGUAUUUUUUGAACAUUUCUGAUGAGCCUGUGUUGGGAUAUAAUCCUCCAGCAUCUGUUACAACAUUUCACGUCCAUCUCUGGAGCUGUGCUCUGAAUUAUAGGCCUCUGUUUUUGCCAACUAGAUCACUUCUUACCGUUGAAACAUUUAGCAUUUCAAGUAGUGUGGCACUGGAUAAAUCAUCUUCAACUCUCAGAAUAAUCUUGGAUGAAGCUGCUUUGCACAUGUCUGACAAGUGCAAUGUUACAGUGAACCUCCAAAGAGACUAUGUUCGAGUUAUGGACAUGGGACUCUUAGAACUAACCAUAAGGGCAGUGAAACCUGGAUCUGAUGGAGAGAGGAGUAAACCACGUUUUGAACUCCAUUGUUCCAGUGAUGUUAUCCACAUUAGAACGUGCUCAGACUCCUGUGCUGCAUUAAUGAAUCUUAUACAGUAUAUUGCAAAUUACGGUGAUCUGAAUCCACCUACUAAGAUGGAGGCUACCUGUGGAGUGACCAAACAGACUGCUAAGACAGAUGUUUGUAGCCGGCCAUCUUCACAAGGGCCAAUCCUUGCUGAAGCCGACCAACAGAUUUUACGGGAUUUAAUGAGUGAUGCUAUGGAAGAGAUUGAAACCCAGCAAUUUACUUCCCCCACUAAGCCACAAGCUAAUGGAGUUUUGGAUGAAAAUUCUCUGACACCAACACCAUCUUGCUCAGAUCUUUUCCUGUUCCCUGAUGAAAGUGGGAACCUCUCUCAAGAGCCAAGCCCUACCUAUGCUUCCUUCACUCCCCAUAUGAUUAAUGAAGUGAUAGGAGAUGUACCUUCUGAAAAUGAUGAUUUCUGUAUUCUUUUUGCACCAAAAGCUGUUGUCUCUGAUAAGGAAGAAGAGCCAAUAGUAAAAACCAUGGUUGAUGAUGCAAUCCUGAUAAAAGAGAACCAUUUCAGUCUUCCAAUAAAAAAGGCAGACACAAGCAAAGCUCCAUUGAGAUUUCCUAUUCCAUUGGUGCGCUAUGUUGUGAAAGAAAUCUCAGUCAUUUGGCACCUUUAUGGGGGGAAGGACUUUGGAAAUGCACCACCUACAUCUCCAGCUAAAAACUGCAUUAGUCCUCAGAGCUCCCCUUCUCACACACCCACGAGGCAUGGGCGUAACACAGCCUGUGGGGGAAGAGGAAGGAACCCAGAUUUCUUGAUGGAAAUACAAUUAAGCAAGGUGAAAUUCCAGCAUGAGGUAUAUCCAUCUGGCGAAUCAGAGUGUGAGGUCAACUUGUUGGAGCAACCAGUUUCUCGUCAAGUGUUUGUGGUUCAAGAUCUUGAGAUCAGAGAUCGCUUGGCUACAUCUCAGAUGAAUAAAUUUCUCUAUCUCUACUGUAGUAAGGAAAUGCCUAGAAAGGCACAUUCUAAUAUGUUGACAGUCAAAGCACUGCAUGUUCGUCCAGAGUCGGGCAGAUCACCACAAGAGUGUUGCUUACGAGUGUCAUUAAUGCCACUUCGCCUCAAUAUUGAUCAGGAUGCCCUGUUUUUCUUGAAGGAUUUUUUCACUAGUCUGUCUACAGAAGUAGAAAUCCUAAUGACUCCAGAUCCUGAGGUUAAAAAGCCUGGUGCAGACGUAACAUGUACUUUGCCCAAGCACCACAGCAGUUUCAAGGAGCCAAGCCCGGUUAUUUCUUUCUCAUUACACAAACGAGUGAGCCAGAAUGGAAGUGUUGAUUCUGUGGAUGUGCUCAAUGAGGAUGACCAUAAUUUCGCACAUGAAGAGGCAUUGUUCAGUGACCAACCAAUCUUUUUCAGAGAAUUUCGAUUUACAUCAGAAGUUCCAAUACGUCUUGAUUACCAUGGCAAGCAUGUUUCUAUGGAUCAGGGUACAUUAGCUGGGAUUCUGAUUGGGCUUGCUCAGUUAAACUGCUCAGAACUGAAACUGAAGAGGCUUUGCUAUCGACACGGGUUGCUAGGUGUGGAUAAGCUGUUCUCUUAUGCCAUAGCAGAAUGGAUUAAUGACAUCAAGAAAAACCAGUUGCCAGGUAUUCUAGGAGGAGUUGGCCCAAUGCACUCAUUAGUGCAAUUAGUGCAGGGUCUAAAAGACUUGGUUUGGUUACCAAUAGAACAAUACCGAAAAGAUGGCCGCAUUGUAAGAGGCUUUCAGAAAGGCGCCGCUUCUUUUGGUACUUCCACUGCAAUGGCAGCAUUAGAGCUGACAAACAGAAUGGUUCAGACCAUACAGGCAGCUGCAGAAACUGCUUAUGACAUGGUUUCCCCUGGGCCAAGUUUAAUUGAGACUAAAAAGAUCAAACGACUUUCUCGCUACCGCCUGGCUCAUCAGCCGGUAGACCUUCGUGAAGGUGUGGCCAAAGCAUACAGUGUUGUAAAAGAGGGAAUUACAGAUACGGCACAUACCAUCUAUGAAACUGCAGCUCGAGAACAUGAAAACAGAGGAGUAACUGGAGCAGUAGGAGGAGUCCUCCGACAGAUUCCACCAACUGUGGUGAAACCUCUCAUAGUUGCAACAGAAGCAACAUCAAAUGUUUUAGGUGGCAUGAGAAACCAAAUCAGGCCUGAUGUGCGUCAGGAAGAGUCUCAGAAGUGGCGCCUUGGAGAGGACUGACAGCUUUAAAUGUAUUUGACUCACAGAGAUAGAGAAUCCGAAAGCAUAAAGCGCUUGUCAUGGCAACUUUAGAUGGGACGUAUCCUUUUAAUAUGCUUAUCUCAGGAACACAAGAGAUUUUAAAGCAAUUUGAUGUCAAAACCUGAAAGCGAGUUUGGUCAGUGCCAAAUGGAGUGGCACCUUUUUUGUAGCCGAGAUAAGAUAAGCUGGUUUUAGACUGGGUACCAUAUCUUCUUUGGUAUCUUGAUUUGUGUUCUUGGAGGGGCUUUUUGCCCUUCUUUUGAAGCAACCCCACUUCCCCUACCUCUCAGUCCAUAUGUACGUAUAAAGGGAUUCCCCAAGCAUUGUUGAAAUAAGUUUUUUUUAGCAAAGGGUUACCAUGGUACCCUUCUGUAACAGGGUUGACGUCUGUUAUGAGACAUGGACGCUACAGGAUAUCAAAAGCAAUGGGAUUUCAAUUAUUUUGCUAGCUGUGAGUCUCUCUCAUGUGGCACUUAACAACAAGGACAAUCUGUCUUGACAUCUUGUCAUAAACUUAUUUUCAUAUGAUUGUGGACAUUAAUUGUUUUCCCUACAUAUUGCAUUCCUCUUUUUGUGGAGAUCUGAGCAAUCUGAACGUUACAGACAUGUUCUGUUGUGUUGCACUUUAAAGAAUUUAGCCUGUAUAUUGCAUUUUUAAAAUAAUUGUUAAUAAAAUGUAAUGUGCAUUUUAUUCUUAUGUAGUUUUAAAAAUUAUGCAAAUUAUUUAAAGGGACAGAACACUACAAGAUCAUCAAGGACAAUAAAACCGGAUUGCAGUGCUUAACAGUUAUUCAGAUUGCUGGAUAGCGAAAAGGUGUCUAGUGAGUGAUUGGUUCUCAGUACACGCACAGAGAGAGAGAAUAUAGCUUGAGGCAAAAGAGGUGUCUUGUGAAAGGACAAUUGGGAUUUGUAUAUGUUAAUGUGAUUCAUGAUUCUGUUUAAAUGCUAUGCAAGUUGCAUCGUAGUAAUCCAUUUUUUUUCUUUUCAAUUUUAAUUGCAAGAGAAUUAGCUUUUAAACUUGUUCAGAAAUUAGAAUAUUUUUUAAAUUCAUUUGAUCAGUUGCUGUUGGGUGUGGUCUUAAUGUUCUUAAUUUUUUCCAAACUCUAAUUUGUGUGCACUUUUAAAAUUGGAAAUCCAGUCCUGUACAGAACUCAGAAAUAAUGUAUAGGAAACUUUUAAGAGGUGCUGCUGCAGCUUCCUUUUAAGCAAAAAGCUUCUGUUCUGACAUACAGCAUCAAUUUGAGUGAACUUUCUGCAGUUGUGAGUUAUUAAUGUAGGCAGGCAGCAAGUAAACCAGUUGCUGUCAUUUAUAAGCUGCUUUCUUAACAUAGUUAAGAAGUAAUAUAUAAAUUUUAAUAAAUAAAGGUCACCUAGGCAGAGGCAGUUACUUUGUGUGUCAGUGAAUGAGUGAGACUAUUUGGCUAAUUGAGACAGGUACUAGUAGAGCAGAGAGCAAGCACCAUUAACACUACCAGUAACUUGUUGUUAGCUGUCUCUAAAACAUAAGGAAAAUUGCACUGUACCCCAGUCCUUGGAGCCCAGGAUUGAAAUUUCUGGUAUCAGCCAAAUCCGUAUGUUGCUGGACAUUUGUACAAAACAUUCCAACCCCAUCUUUCUUCCCUUUGGUGUGCCGUGGCAAACAUAAGGACCGUGGGCUAUAUCUAUGCUUGCAAUAUCUUUUCCCCAGCAUUCAUUACUGUAUGUAUGCCAUUUGACACCAGGCCCAUGGAUUGUUUCUUCUGGGUUCUAAAUAUUGCCCAUCCUUGGCAAUAUUUGGAAGCGUCCAAGCUAUUAGGGUAGAUGUUUCAGACACCUUGUCUAACAACAUUUAGUAUAAAGUAAUCAUUCUCCAAUUCAUAUCACUGAUCACUAUGUUAACAUUACCACAGUGGGUUGAAAAGAAGUCGAAGUCAAUUCGUCUACUCCUGUGUGGGAAUAAACCCUGUUUCACUUCUGCAGAGUGCACUGUUGGCAGUAUUCUAUAGCUUAAAUAAUAGUAGUAACUGAGAUAGAUGACCAGCUCUAUAACAACUUAAAGAUUAGGUCCACAGUAUGAAAGAAAAAUCAGACUGCCUCUCUUGUUGAGAGUGCUUCCAUUAGCAGGGAGGCAUUCCUAUGAGGGACUUACAUAUUGAUGAGCAUUUUGAUUUAUCUCAGAAAUACCCAACUUUUUCUCUGUGUUUCUCCCCCUUCAAAGCUAUGUAGCAAGUGAGUACUUGGGUGUGUUACUGCCUGUUUGCAAAGGGACAGUCUGGAUAUGAGAAUUCCUAUUUCUUUCUUGUCAGUUUCCCUUUAGGGGCUUCAUUCCUUAUUGAAUCAAUGACACUGACCAUACCAGAGGCAAAUUGCAUAGCUACUUUAGUUUGACUUGUGUGCGCUAAGGACACAAAUCCCACCAUGAAUGUGCUUCGCAGCCAAUACGGGGAUAGCCCACAUUUCUCAAUACUGUGGGGAAAAGACAAAAUACAAUACAUUAAAAUUGACAUUGGCCGUAAAUAAGCACACACUUUCAAUGAUACCACUCAUUCUAAGUCUGUUUGACCUCUAGACUGUAUGGCAUGGAUGGUCAUAUGCACAAGAGUCAUGAUUAAAAGCCAGUUUGUGUCCUCUCAACUAAAGCUCUCUCCCAGGGUUCCUUUAUCUGCCUCUAGCCAACCACACUAAAGCCCUCAUGGUAGUCUGUCUAUAAGAUGAAAAGGAAAACUGGUAAUGAAUCAGUGAGAUUUUAGCAUGCCCAAUAGGUAUGGCCGAUUGGGUGCCAGUAGCUGACCACUAAUAUAGGUAUGCAUGUAGAACAUAGGUUCUCACCCACGUAUCAACUUUUGAGAACCUGUGUAGAGGAAAAAGCGACAAGCAAACCCAUGCAUUUGGAUCCCAAUGCAACUUGUUUGAAGUAAUGAACUCAUGCAACCACUGCUGUGUUUUAGUUCCCUGAUCCAGGCAGGUCGCUGUAUAUGUACUAAAGCCAGAUGCUGAUUGACACAAAGUAGGUUUCCCUCCAUCAACAGAAGGGUGCGUAAGGAACAUGAAUUUUACUGGAAUUUCUAAAAACCAAAGUACUAAUGUUUUGCAACUUUACAAGAAACAAUAUGUCGGUGUAAAAUAAUAUAUAAUUAAACUCCAUCGCUUCACGUAUGUCAUCUGUGGGGUGUUUGUUUCACAACGGCAGAGGUUAUAAGAACAUAGGAAGCUGCCUUAUACUGAGUCAGACCAUUGGUCGAUCUAGCUCUCCAGGAUUUCCGAGAGGAGACUUUCCCUACAUGAAGAUGCCAUUAAUUGAACUCGGGACCUUCUGCAUGCCAAGCAGAUGCUCAACCAUUGAGCUAUGGCCCUUCCCCAAUGAGUUCACAUCCACAGCCUUGAACAGUAGUCCCAAUUUUUCUCAAGCAUCAUUUGCACAUAAUUGCAGCAUCCUGUGAAAAUACUUUCCUAGAUUGGUCACCUUUCUUCUUAAAAACCAAUUACUACCAUCCUCAUCUCAGAUAUAAGUAAAGUGGCACAGAAAGGUUUUAUUUUACUGAAACGUUUUGUUUUCCAUUGGAUAUUAUUUGGUGAGUGACCUCAAAAGCAGGAAAAACAACAUAUCUAGUGCAGAACACAGUGGUAUUGUCAAUGAAGCUAUGAUUCAAAGCCCAGUAUCUGAAGAGGUUCCCAAGGCUGCUGUAUAAAAGCACUUCUCACAGAGAAAAGUAGGGAAGCCUCUGCAUGCACAGAGCUUCAUGCAUGCUUCACAACUGGAUCCCAACCAUGGAGCGCAUUUCAAUAGGCUUUUGUAUUUUGUCACUUAAAAAUAUGUUCAAUUUGUGGUGUUGAUAUUCUGCAUUAACCAUUUUAGUGAACUUGAAACUAUAAGAAUGAACCCUGAAGUUCUAUACAUCAGCAACAGCUGGUGAAAAGUAGCUGAAUCUACUUGAAAUGGACUUAAGCUAGACAACCUGCAGAUUGAUACCUAGUUAUUUUUCUAUGCACAGUAUUUGUAAAAUAGCAAGACGUGGUUAAAUUAGUAUAAAUGUAUAUUACAUGUAAAAUGUGCCAGGCCUGCUAGCAAUAGAAUAUUUUUUCAACAGUGAAAACAUGCAGGUAUGUGCUCUUAGAUCUUUAAUGUUUGUAAACUUGCCUCAUCCAUCACCAGCCCUUCUACAGCUUGUGAUUCUGACAGCAAAGUCAACUUGCUGUGAAUGCUGGAUCAUGUUUACAUUUCUAAACCAAUUUGACUCGUUAAUACUAAAUCACACACUUGUACUUCAUUUUUGUGAAAGGAAAUACCACAUAAGCUGAAUGUAGCUUAGGACAAAAAUAAACUCUGUACUUUAAAAAAAAAAAAAACAUUCGUCAAAACUUUGUGUGGCAUCAUUUUGUAUAUAGCCUGCUAAUGUAAAAACAGCAAAAACAAUCUGUAUAAUGUGAAAACAGGAAGCCACUCUAGGAAAAAAACUGCUGUAUUCUGUUUCUUCUUCUUUUGCUUCAAACAUGUUCACUCCCCACCCCAAGUGUGUUUUGAGCAUAGAUUAUUGGUACUAAUCUUGAUGUAUAUUGACCAGCAAACUCCUUACACAAAUACGGUGUUCUGUUCAGUACAGAUCUUGUCAGCUGAUGUCAUUACCAAAAUAAACU